GAGUUAAAACAGUGGAUGAAGGCGGAAGUUAACAACGAAGCCGUCAGGCAAAUGUCGAAUGCGUCAAAGUGUCACAAAAUGGAAUCAAACAAUCGAAAGAGUUGAUAAAGGAGAGACACAGUGCCGCUACUGACGACAUUUCUGAGGUGUUUUAAAGAACGAUGGCGUCGGGGGAUGAAGAACUUUCUCAAACAAGAGGGGAGGACGAAGGACAACAACUUGAGGUUUGCACGACUGACAUUGCGCUACACAUUCAAGACCUCCAACAGCUAACUGGUCAUCAAGAAGAACCUCCUCCUCAGCCACAUGGAGGGAGUUCCAUUUUGAAGCGGCCCCCUUACGUCAAAGAGGAAAAGGAAGAGCCAGAGGCCGUACACGUAAAAGUGGAAGAAGGGGCGGCAGAGGCCCUCCACGUUAAAGAGGAAGAGGAAGAACUCUGGAUCACUCAGGAGGAAGAGCGUCUUCUUGGGCAAGAGGAGGCUGAUCUCACCAAGUUGCCGCUCACUAUUGUCUCUGUGAAGGCUGAAGAUCAUGAAGACAGAACACCUGAAUCCUCACAGCUUCAUCACAGUCCAAGCGAGAAGGAGAAGAGCGGCAGCUCAACUCAACACAUGACAACAGAAGCUGAUGGAGACCACUGUGGAGGAUCACAAGCAGACAACCUCUUAGCUCCACUAUCAGAUAGUGACGACACAACGUCACACUCUCCUGACACUGAUGAUGAAGACCCUAAAGCUGAUAUGACAUGUCACACUGACAACACACGCUUUAAAUGCUCUCACUGUGACAAAACCUUUAAUGAUCGUAGUAAUAUGAAAAGACACGUGAGACUGCACACAGGAGAAAAACCAUUCAAGUGCUCAGUUUGUGAUAAAAGAUUCUCCCUAAAGACCAAUUGGAAAUUACAUAUGACAAUACACACUGGAGAUAAGCCCUUUUCCUGUUCAGUGUGUGGUAAAGGUUUUGUACGAAAACAAAAUUUGACAAUACACACAAGAAUACACACUGGAGAGAAACCCUUUUCCUGUUCAGUGUGUGGUAGAAGUUUUGUACAAAUUCAAUGUUUGAAAACGCACAUGACAGUACACACCGGAGAAAAAACAUAUUCCUGUUCAAUCUGCAACAAAAGCUUUUGUGACCGAACAAACCUUUUACAACACAUGAGAAUACACACUGGAGAGAAACCGUAUUCCUGUUCAACAUGUGGUAAAACGUUCUCUCAAAAGCCAAACUUGCAAGCACACAUAAGAAUACACACUGGAGAGAAACCAUAUUCCUGUUCAUUCUGCGACGAAAGCUUUUGUCACCGAUCAACAUUUGUAAGACACAUGAGAAGACACACUGGAGAGAAAGUGCUGAGUUGCAGUGUGUGUGGUGAAAGAUUCUCUUAUAAGUACCAGCUUAAUAAUCACAAGUGUGCUGGUGAGAACAGCAGCAGUAGCUGCAGGAAGCUGCAGGACUUGAAGUAAACUGUCGAGACUUUGAGAACUUUGACCUUCUAACAUCAUCACACAUAAAGUGUGACGUAUGUGUAACCUAAUCUUGUUGAUAUGCUUCUACCAUUUAAAUGUAAUAAAAAAUAAAUA